AUGGGCGCCAGGAGGCUCCGGGCCAGAGGCCGGAGAAGCCGCGACAGCCCCGGGCCUACGCCGUGUGUUCAGGCCCAGUGCUUCGACCCUCUGGUGCGACACUGCGUGGCCUGUGUGCUCCUCCGCACGCCGGACCCUCAACACGCGCCCCGCCCUCCAUCCGAACCCCCUCUGCCAGCGGCGAGCAGCCUGGCGCCCGGGACGGCUUUGCAGCCGCAGGAGUCGGUGGCCACCGGGCCGGACGCGGCGCUGCCGGUGCCGGGGCUGCUCUUCGGCGCCCCCGCGCUCCUGGGACUGGUACUGGCGCUGGCCCUGGUGGCCCUGGUGAGCUGGAGGUGGCGGCAGCAGCGCAGGAUGGCCUCCCCUGCCACUCCAGACGGAGUCCAGGAAGAAACCCCGGACAACGCCUACGUACCCUCCCCAGAAACCCUUUACGCCUCAGCUCCUACCUGGCCUUCCCUCAAAGAGGACGCAGACAACACCCUGCCGGGCCAUAGCAUCCCAGUGCCCGCCACGGAGCUGGGCUCUACUGAGCUUGUGACCACCAAGACAGCCGGCCCUGAGCAAUAGCACCGGCGGCGGGAGCCGGCGAAGCCCUGCGGGGUCUGUGGACUCUCGCCCAACCGUUUGGAAAAGGAAUUGAGCCCUUCAGCGAUGGAGCCCUUUGCAAAUCCAGGAGAACUACAUUCCGCAGGUCCCCACCAGCCUGAGAUUGUUUUUGUGUUAGCUUGAGAACAUUGCAUUUUGGAGACUGUUUUUAAGCUCCUAUGCCUUCCAAUGGCCGAAUGGAUAUUAAUCUCUGUGAUGGGUUAAGAGACUUGGAUGGGUUAAGAAAUUUCAUGUUUCUAAAAUGAUUGGAUGGAGACAGGCCUCAGCAGUCAAGUUCACGGACUAUUCUGGCAGAGGACUCCAGCUGUUCAGUUUCCCAGCACCCAUGUCUGGCGGCUCACAACAACCUGUGACUCCAGCCCCAGGGAGAACCGAAGCCUCUCCCUUCUGAAGGCACCAGUACUCAUUUGCUCAAGCGUGUGUACAGACACACAUGCUCACACACACUUAAAACUGUUAAAAAUAGGGGCUGGAGAGACUGUUCAGUGAUUAAGAGUUCUUGCUGCGUUUCUAUUGGACCAGAGUUUGAUUCCCAGCAUGCACUUCAGGUGACUCUUAAUUCAGGGGAUCUGAUGCCUCUGAACUCCAUGGGCACCUGCAUUCACAUUCCUUCUCUCUCUCUCUCUCUCUCUCUCUCUCUCACAAAUUACAAAAUACAAGCUGCGCACCGUGGUACAUACCUUUACUCCCAACACUGGGGAGGCAGAGGCAGGCAGAUCUCCAUGAGUUAGGGAGCAUCCUGGUUUACAUAGCAGGUUCAAGACCAGCAAGAGCUACAUAGUGAGACUGAGAUUCAAAAUAAUAGUAAUAAAGGUUCUUUAAAUUUU